UAUGGAGAGGCCUGGGUUUAAGGAGCUGAUGAUGUGGUCCAUCAGAAUAAGAGAAGACAUUUGACCCCAGAUAAAGCCUUAGAUUGCAGAGUGAAGUGAAGAUCCUGAAUAAUAAUCAUGCCCACCAUGACCAGAGCAGAAGACACACCCCCUAUUAUACUCAAUGACCUGUGUGGAAGAAAGAGCAGGAGUAGUCUGCUCUUGAAUAUGGGUGAUGGGGAUUCCUAGAACUGAGGACUUUACACAGGGAAGAAACUUCUUUCUGGAUCUGGGGGAGCCAAGAGCUUUGAUAAAGUUGGUUUUAAAGGAGAAAAAAGUCAAAUAAUUUUCCACUAUUUAAAAAAAGCUAUUUGAAGACAUGAUGGAGUAAAUGAAGCAACUGCUCACACAUUAACUUCUGCUGAGACAUCCAGUAACUGACUUAUCUUAUCUUGAUUGUGGGAGCCUAUGCCUUAUGCAUUCUCAGAGACACAGGAUCCACUGACCUGCACGAGAAGCACAGGAUUUUCUAGCUCUCUUUACAGAAGAAUGAAACCUCUGCUUGGAACCUUUUAUCUGCUGGGUAUGCUGGUUCCUGGUUGGUUGGGAUACGAUAGAUCCCUCACACAACAGAGACAAGAAGUUGUGGAUAAAGUAGUGAGUCCAUGGAGGAUCCUGGAGACAUAUUCUUAUAACAGAUAUCACCCCAUGGGGGAGAUCUACCAGUGGAUGAGUGAGAUAAGGGAGAAGUACACGGAAGUGGUGACGCAGCAUUUCCUAGGAGUGACCUAUGAGAGCCGGCCCAUGUAUUAUUUGAAGAUCAGCCAACCAUCCAGUAACCCCAAGAAGAUUAUCUGGAUGGACUGUGGAAUUCAUGCCAGGGAAUGGAUUGCCCCUGCUUUCUGCCAGUGGUUUGUGAAAGAAAUUCUACAGAACUAUGAAGACAACUCAAGGAUAAGAAGGCUCCUUAAAAACCUGGACUUCUAUGUGCUUCCGGUUCUUAACAUAGAUGGUUACAUCUACACUUGGACGACUGAUCGGCUUUGGAGGAAGUCCCGUUCAUCCCAUAAUAAUGGCACGUGUUUUGGAACAGAUCUCAAUCGAAACUUUGAUGCAUCCUGGUGUAGUAUUGGUGCAUCUCACAACUGUGAAAGUUUAACAUUUUGUGGAACGGGACCCAUGUCUGAACCAGAGACAAAAGCUGUUUCCAGCUUUAUCGAGAGCAAGAAGGAGAACAUUGCCUGCUUCCUGACCAUGCACUCUUAUGGACAGCUCAUUCUGGUGCCUUAUGGCUACACCAAAAAUAAAUCAAAUAACCACGAGGAAUUGAUCCAAGUUGGACAGAAGGCAGCAAAUGCAUUGAAAGCAAAGCAUGGAACCAAUUAUAGAGUUGGAUCGAGUGCAGAUAUUUUAUAUGCUACAUCAGGAUCCUCAAGAGACUGGGCUCGGGACAUUGGGAUCCCCUUUUCAUACACAUUUGAACUGAGGGACAAUGGUACCUAUGGAUUUGUCCUGCCAGAAACUCAGAUUCAGGCCACUUGUGAGGAAACCAUGGAGGCUGUGCUUUCAGUCCUAGAUGAUGUAUAUGAGAAGUACUGGUACACAAACAGUGCCAGAAAGGCAAAAUCUACUGCUCUGGUGCUGAGCUUGCUGAUGUCCUUCAUGUCUCUUCUCUAAGUGCAUCCUACCCAGACCUGCUCGGCCCCAGUGACAUGGAUAUGGCUGCCCAACAGGUGCUUUUGCAACUAUGGAGAAAUCAAAUAAUUUAACUAGAAAUACUUUCAAUAAAGAUGAAUCAUCUUU